CUGAGCGUGUUUACGCCGGUGCCGCCAAUAAUUUCUGUUUUCCUUGAAUUUUUGUUUUACUUUAUUGUAUUUGCAAAAUGCCGACAUCCAAACUGCAUGCCAACAUGAGCUACAGGGAGGUUAUCCCGAAGAACCUCAGUCCGGCUGAGUGGAUCGAGGUUAAGAUACACACGGGAACCCAGAGCACUCUGCAAGAUCUAAAGACAUUUGAAACCUCUGGGGGCUACUGCUACAAGAGCAGGAAAAACGUACAGACCAGGAAUCGCUUUAUAUACUGGCGCGCCUACCAAGAUGUGCUGGAACUCUCCGAAGUCAGCUUGGACAUCUCCCUGCAGAGAAAUCACCUACGCAUGCGCUUCACCGACUCUGCCGUGCUUAAUGUGUCGCUUACGGAGCAAGCCAAGGCCAUCACCCUGCUAGUUGUCACCGUAAGCAGUGUGCAUCGCUAUGUUUUCCCCCUAAAGAUAGUCGGACAGGAUGAAUCAACUGCUUCACCUGAGGAUUUGUUGUCCCAGUCGAUUUUCUACGACGUCAACGAGAAGAUAAACGAUCCGAGCACGUUCUUUGUGACGGAUGGAUUUGGAACAAUGCCCACUGUGGCGGUAUCUUACCUCUCGCAAAACUCCCAAGUGGCGUACUUUGCGGUGGCCUAUCAGAGCAAGCUACUGCUCCACAUCAUGAACUGUGUCACUGGCAACACGGUCACCCAUGAAGUCAAGGAAGCGCAUCUGAUGCCUCGUUUCCUUUCGAAUCUCAAGGGUGCCCUAACUGGCCGCUCUGAAACACAGGAGGCAGCCACAUCCAUGGCAUUCAGCGAAAUAGAGGAGAAUAUAUUUAUCCUGGUUCUUUACCGCAAUAAUGAGCUGCGAUUGUGGUCGGUGGAUAGUCUGCAGACCGUAGCAAGCAUUAACUGCUUAGGUGAAUCAGGGCAUGGUGGCUCAGGCGCUCAAGGACCCCAAAACAACCAGCUUCGCAAAAUCAGCGAUCAGAACUUUUGUUUAUUCAUCUCCAACGACCGUCGAUCGGAGUUCAUUUGUGUGAGCAUCGUGGCAGAUUCGAACGAGAACAGUGGUAUCAGCUUAACGCAGAACUCGGUGCCGGCACCCCAAAUGGAUUUGAUUGACUUCGAUGCCACAUCCUCGCACAUUUGGGCUCUGUGGAGCAACCCAGCGGGAGAUUUUAAUGUCUCUGCCAUUUACUUUGCUUCGAAUAACGCCAUAAAAUGGGUUUCCGCUGCUCUGGAACCUCCACCGGAUCGGUAUUGCCUAACAAUGGAGCAGGGAGUGGAUCCGCGAGAGUCUUACUGCUCAUACAUAUUUCAUCCUGGUCGGUUUGACCGGAAUGUGAUUGCCAAGGCUCUAUAUAUGUUCCGUCGAGUAAACUUGCAAUUUGAUGUGAAGCAGCUAUCCAUGUCGGUGCUUAAGGAGCAAGUUUGCCAGGCCGUCGAGGAUGAAAUUCAGAACGAACUAAAGGACUUUGUGGUCACCGAUGAUGAGUACUUGGAAAUUUCAAUGCGACUUUGGGACCGUUUUUACUCCUGCUGCGAACAGUAUCACAUUAAGUUCUCUGAGCCAACUGGACUUGCGGUUCUCGGCGGCAUGGACGCAGUGUGCUUGGUCAGGCGACAAUCCUUUGCACUGCUGCGACCCUGUGAAGUGCUGGAGCACCUAUUACUCAUUGGGGAACACAAUGAGGAGGUGGCCACUUACGUGGCUCCACUCUUUCGCAAUGAUCCCGAAAUGGCCAAGGGCUUUGUGGACCUUAUGAAUGUGGUGACCCUUCUGGAUAAGCUGAUUUCGGAGGAACUUAAGAUCGAUUUUGAUAAGCAGCUCUACCAGCGAGAAUCGCCAAUUACGGUGAUCGGCAAGCUGGUCUCUCGAAUUACUGUGGGCGACGAAGACGGUCCACUGCUGCCGUCAAACAGUUUGAAGCAAAUUCAACAAAAGCUUCAAGAAAUUCCAAACCUUACACCUUCCCUAGAAAUGCUGCUCGAUGUGCUGUGCAUGAUUGAUCCAGAUGCACCACCACAUGAUUACUCCCUUUCUACACGCUUUUUGCAGCCCUCUGGAGCACUAUUGGGCAGCGAAUAUGGACUUUCAAUAUUGUCAGAAACGGUUAAGCAAAUGGCUAUGAUACGAUUUUCCGUUUGUCGCAACCUUUUGGUAUUGCAAUACAUGGUAAAUGGCCCAGAUAAAAUGGGCACCGCUAACGUUUUAACAAACAUUAAUUAUCUGAACUCGUAUUAUACUCUGGUUUGGAUUGCCGAGAUGCCCAUUUCAUCAAAUACGCCUGCUGGAUUUGAAGCUUCUAUCCAGCGGUUAAGCCGGGCUCAACUGUUCAGCGGAUAUACCCGUCCGUAUGCAAGCCAUUUGCGGAACAAUGGAAAUGAUCAGACCACGCUGCUCAGGCUCUUUCUGCAAUCCAAGGGCUUAUUUAGUGCUCUGUCCAUGCUGCUAAGGAGUGAUAGUAUGCAGUUGGAGUCAGAGCAAUUAAAUCUUCGCCAGACGUUGCUUCAACUAGUGGGGUACAUUAACAAGAUGCUCUGGCCUGAUUCUCCGAUUUACGUGUUUCCCGAAUGGUUAUUCGGCACUUGCCACCACAUCAUUGUGCAGGACUAUGUGCGUCUUUUGUCCAGCUGGUGUACCGUCAAAGUUCACGCUAGACGUUUUAUGCUAGCAGUAUCCCUAUUAGAUUGCGGAGAGGCCCACAAGGCAGUGUAUUUGUUCCACCAAACUGCGCCUGGCGUUGUGGAAGAUGACUUCCUCUUCGAGCAAGUACUCAAAAACACUCCGCUCUACAGCAAACUACAUGAAUCCGUCAGUCGUGGCGAAGCAGUUUCGACUGAAGACGCAAAACUGGCUAUGGUUCACUAUUAUCUGAAGGUUAUUCAGCUCUUUGAGCAGCAUUCUGCACUGGACUAUGUCAUCCAACUGGCUCACAUGGCAAUGAAUGAGCUGCAGCGUGAUGACCCUCAGCUGCCCAUGUUCCAAUCGAUUGUCUUCAACAAUCACCUUCAGUUGGGACACUACGAGGAGGCUUACUACGCCUUAGUCUACAAUGCCGACACUUCAAGGCGAAAGGAUUGCCUUCGCCAGUUGGUCAUAACGUUGUUCCAAAACAAAAGUCUGCCCCUGCUGAUGCGAUUUCCUUACAUAGGACUGCAGGACGAAUUCGAGAGCAUUGUGGAAUCGCGGGCCAGGUCGAUGAGCAUCGAUCAAAACGACGUGUACAACUUUUUAUAUGCGUUCCAUACGAACAAGGGUAACAUGAGGAAAGCUGCUACGGUUAUGUACGAGCAGGCCAUGCGUUUUCAAGUGGACAGCGACGCACCCAAUGCACUGGAAAAGCGUUGCUCUUCACUAUUGAUUUGCCUGAACUGUUUGCAUUUGGUGGAUAGUCGCUACAGGUGGAUUGCAAAGCCGACAAUUGGUGACGAGAGAGUGGCCUCCAUUGAUCAGGAUAACGACGAUGGUGAACCGAAGAGCGAUGAAAACGGUCAGGAGGUGGUUGUCCUCGAAUUGGCCGAUAUCCGUAGAGAACUGGUGCAUGCUGAAGCUUUAAAGGAGCUCUCACACUACCGCAAAGACGUGGCUGCCUAUGAGCGGUCGACGCCAGAGGAGUUGUCUUACCUCCUGGCCAGCUGUGGAUUGUACACUGCCGCCUUGAAACUUUCCCGGGGAUAUUCGUUCUCCGUUUUGCCCAUAUUCGAGAGUCUGACAACGGCUUGUGUCACUGCCACCGAGGACAAGGGCGUGGAUGCCUGGAAUUGGCUACAAAACAACGACAUGGCAGAUUUACCUCAUCGAAGUAAUGCCGCCGACAUGGCCUGGACUUUGCUUCAAAAACUGGUGCUGGAUAACGAGGCAAAGGACUCCACUUUGAUUAGAAAGAGCGUUGUGCAAAGACUCCUGGCCUUGAAUGCAUUUUUGCCCCAGUGGCUGGUGGACUCGUAUAAGUUGUCUGAUUCCCGAGAACUUCUCCAGUUGUUUGUGAAGCGCAACCGUCUGCUGGAAGCUGCCGAUUUGGCCUGUGAAAUGAUCGCCGGCAUGCUGGGUGCAGGCAGCGAGUACUUCGACUUCAAACACUCUGUGAACGUAACAAAUCCCCAGCUUUCCUUCCCCAUAAACACAAUUGAUCUACUGCUGCACGCACUGAAGAUAAAUGGCCAGGAGGAUUUUGAAUAUGAAAUGGCGCAUGUUAAACUGGAGGAGGAGGUCCACAGGUACAUUCAGACCGUAAAACGCAUUACAGAAGACAAGAUGAGUUUGGCCAUUCUGCAAAGUCGAGAGGAAAGACAGCAGCAACUACGAUAUUAGUUUGUUUUCUUCAGUUUAUUUAAUAAGUUUAUUGAAUUAAAUGAUUGUGUGUAAAUCUUAA